AUGUGUGAUUGCAUCAUUAACAUUUUUCUGUUGCAGAAAGUUCGUUAUUUUCGAGACACUAAUAAUGCGUUGGAGUGGGUUCUGUAUAUAACAUCCCUAAUGUUUGUUGUUCCGUUUCUGUUCAACGUGUCUCUGCACUGGCAGUGGGAGGCAGGAGCUAUCGCCGUGUUCCUCUCCUGGUUCGACUGUCUGGUUUUUCUCCAAAGGUUUGACUUUUUUGGCAUAUACGUUGUGAUGUUUCUGGAGAUAUUGCAAACAUUGCUACAAGUGCUGAGUGUAUUCUCAAUUCUCAUAAUUGCCUUUGGUCUGUCCUUCUACAUAUUGAUGUUUAAAGAGGAAUCCAAAGCCUACUCCACGCCUGCCCUGUCCCUGCUCCGCACAUUCAUGAUGAUGUUAGAGGUUGACUACAUGGGCUCGUUCAACGAACUCUACGUGGAUGGCAAGACUGAGUCCCUGCACUUCGGUAACCUGACACUGGUGUUCCUGGUGGUCUUUGUGCUUCUUAUGCCCAUUCUGCUCAUGAACCUACUGAUUGGUCUGGCUGUUGGCGAUAUUGAAUCUGUGCAGAGAGACGCUAGGCUGAAGCGGCUUGCAAUGCAGGUGGAACUGCACAUGAAUAUGGAAAGGAAAAUGCCAGAUUUUCUCAGGAAGCGCGUUCAUCUCACAAAAUAUGAUUUCUUCCCUAACAGAUGCACGACACUUCUCAACAGUAUGUUUUCAAUGUUUACAAAGACAGAGAUGGACAGUGAGAUGCAACAGUCUUCAGACAGUCAAACUUCAGUUAUUUGUCAGGAAAUGUGCAAGCAGAAAGUUCGAAUGCGGGAAAUGAACACGAUGAUCGAGAAGAAUCACCACCUGCUGCGGAAGAUCAUGGAGAAGAUGGAAAUACACACCGAGGAAGACGCUUGGGAUGAAGGUGGUGAUCUAAACAGUGAAGACAGCGACAACGAGUUCAGAAGUGCUUCACAACAGCCUCACACAGGAAGUACUAUGCGAGACUUGUUCCUUAAGAAAUCAGCUGUGGAUCUUUGGAAGGGGCCGAAAAAGUAG